CUUCAAGAUCUGACUCUAAACCGAGGGCUCCUCAAUCAUGGCCAAGCACCAUCCUGAUUUGAUCAUGUGCAGGAAGCAACCAGGGAUCGCCAUUGGACGGCUUUGUGAGAAGUGCGACGGGAAGUGUGUGAUCUGUGAUUCAUAUGUCCGUCCCUGCACGCUUGUUCGGGUCUGCGAUGAAUGCAACUAUGGGUCAUUUCAGGGCCGUUGCGUUAUCUGCGGAGGAGUGGGGAUCUCUGAUGCCUACUACUGUAAGGAGUGCACGCAGCAGGAGAAGGAUCGAGAUGGGUGCCCGAAGAUUGUUAACCUAGGUAGUGCAAAGACGGAUCUGUUCUAUGAACGUAAGAAAUACGGGUUUAAGAAGCGAUGAUUGGCAUAGCAUGAGUUAUAUCCUUAUGCCCACUCUCUAACUCUUAGUUUUGUUAGCAUUGAUGCGUCGAACCUGGAUUAUGUUUUGAGAAUGUGCUUUGUAUUAUCGAGUUGUAGUCUCAAAUCUGUAUGUGAACAGAUGUACACCUGAGUUCUACUCUAAAAUGUAGACUAGAAGUCUAUAUGUUCCAUUGCUUUCGGUGUAAAUCUUUUCCAGAAAAAUGGCUGGUCUCCCAUCGGAGUAGGAGUUGGACAAAGUUACGGACGACAUUGGAUAGUUGGAGGAAAUCAGAAAAUAACAUCCUCCCCGGAAGGCUGCAUUUUUUA